AUGCAGAAGUUCGGCCCUCCCGAGCGAUUCACGCACAUGGUGCGCCAGCUCCACGAUAGGAUGAUGGCGCUGGUCACGGACAACGGCGCAAUCUUCGAGGCAUUCGCAGUGACAAAUGGAGUGUGGCGGGGCUGCCUACCCGCGCCCACCAUCUUAAUUCUCGUACUUUCUGCGAUGCUGAUGGACGCCUACCAUGAUGAACACCUCGAGAUCCGCAUCGACCACAGGACCGACGCAUACCUUCUCAACAGCCGGCGAAUGAAGGCUCUGACGAGUCGCUCUACAACUACCAUCUACGAUCUGCACUCCGCUGACGACUGCGCACUUAACAGUAAGACCGAGGAAGACAUGCAACGGAGCAUAUAUAUCCUCGCCUUCAGCUACGCCCACUUUGGACUGACCAUCAAUACGGACAAGACGGUAAUCAUGCAUCAACAGCCACCGACCGCUGAAUACAAUGGCCCUCACAUCCGCGUCAACGGCAACGAGCUGAAGACCGUGGAUAACUUCAAAUACCUAGGUAGCACAAAGUCUCUCUGCAUCCGAAUUGACGAUGAAGUAGCCUACCGAAUCGCCAAACCUUCGGCGGGCUGCAGAACUCCGUGUGGAAUCGCCACAACCUCCUACUGA